CUGUUCGCCACUUGGCAUACAUAAAUAUCUCCAGUUCUUGCUUCUAUUCCCCACUUUUUACUUGCAAUCUGAUUUCGGGUGAGUGAUUUUCACUUGCGGGUUUCCAAAAGUCACCAGCUUUGCAUUGAUACGAAGAAGAUAGACCGGAGAUUACAGCAAUGGUGAAAGAGACAGCUUACUAUGACAUUUUGGGUGUCAAUGUGGACGCCUCAGCAGCUGAUAUCAAGAAGGCUUACUACAUCAAGGCAAGAAUCGUUCAUCCCGAUAAAAACCAUGGUGAUCCAAAGGCUGCUGAAAACUUCCAGAAACUUGGAGAGGCGUAUCAGGUGUUAAGUGAUCCAGAGAAGCGUGAAGCUUACGACAAACAUGGAAAGGACGGCUUAUCACAGGAUGCCAUGGUGGACCCUGCAUCUGUAUUUGGUAUGCUGUUUGGCAGCGAGUUUUUUGAAGAAUAUAUCGGCCAGCUUGCUCUGGCUUCAAUAUCGACGAUUGAAAUUGAAGACAAUUUGGAUCCUGAAACCCACAGGCAAAGAGUUCAGGAAAAGAUAAAGGUUGAGAAUCUUUUUAUCUGCUUGUAUUUAUAUUGCAUCUCAUUACUCCUUUACAUACUGCAGGCAAUGCAAAAGGAGAGGGAAGAAAAGCUAAUAACAAAUCUAAAGAAUCUUAUUGAGCCAUUUGUUGAAGGACGGGUGGAUGAAUUUGUAAACUGGGCGAAUUCUGAGGCAGUACGGCUUUCUGGAGCUGCAUUUGGUGAAGCUAUGCUGCACACUAUUGGCUAUAUAUAUACACGUAAAGCUGCUAGGGAGAUUGGAAAGGACAAUCGGUACAUGAGAGUACCUUUUUUAGCAGAGUGGGUACGUGAUAAAGGACACCAAAUGAAGUCACAAGUAAUGGCAGCAUCAGGUGCUGUCUCUCUAAUCCAGAUACAGGAGGAAUUGAAGAAACUGAACCAAGCGGAGAACAAGGAAGAGAAUUUGAUGAAAGCUGUUGAAGACAGGAAGGACGCUAUGCUCCAAUCUCUUUGGCAGAUCAAUGUGGUUGAUAUCGAGACUACUUUAUCUCGUGUCUGCCAAGCUGUGCUCAAAGACCCUUCUGUGUCCAAGGAUGUUCUUCGACUGCGAGCCAAGGCAUUGAAGAAACUAGGAACAGUCUUCCAAGUGAGCAUAGUGUAUUUUGACAACUUCAGGUUGAAAUUGCCAAGUAAUAUGCUUUCUUUAAUUGCUCCACAGGGUGCCAAAGGUCCUUACUGCAGGGAAAACAGCUUGCGCCACGAGAGCCUGGUCAAACCAGCUGGCAUGACAUCUCAGUCCGUCUGAUCUCGAACCACACACCUCAUCAAGAUUUCACAAUAUCAAGAGUGCACAUAGAUGAUUAUGAUCUUAUAAUCCCUGUAGCAUACAGAUAUGCAGGAGUGCACAUAUAUGUAUGGUAUGCCCCAAUUGGUUGAUUAUUCAUACUCUUGGCUGAGUGUUUCCCUUAUGAUGCAAUGUAAGAGACCUGAACAAAGUUUUAUGCUUUGGUUGUGAAUACUUUGGAUUUCUUGUUUGAUUAUUGAAGAUCAAAAGGGCUAUUCUUUGAGAUAAUGCUAAAGUAAUUUGUUUUUCAAGAUGGUGGAAGCAAUAAAAGGUGUAUUGUUCGUCUAUGUAUGUCAAAACAUAUGCAUGAUAGGAUUUUCAGGAUCUAGGCAAGGCCAUAAUCCUGAAGAUCAGGCAAGGCAGGUUUUCUAGUUACAGCUUUACAGA